UAGGAAUUUAAGAAAGUAAAGUCAUGGUGUAAACAAUAAUUUUGUAAAUUUUUUGUAUCUACACAUGGCAUCCGGAUUAUAUAUAUUCUGAUAGAAACAAGCCAUAAGGGUCCCAUCCUCCUGCCGCCCCCCCUACCCCAAAUCUUGAUUAUUGUAAUGCUUCCAAUGAUGUUUAAUUUUCCCAUGAUCAUUGUAUUUUAUUUCCACUUAUCCAUACCCCCGCAGGAAAAAGACAUUGUGUGCUGAGGAAGAUUGCAAGAGAUGUGGUAAUCUUGACUUGGAUCAGCCAUGCAUAGGAAAGACAGAUUGCUCGGUUUGUCACUCUAGCAACGGUGUUCUAUGCAGAGCUUGUCUCAAUGUUAGGUAUGGUGAAGAACUGGAAGAGGUGAGAAAUAACAAAAGUUGGAUGUGCCCUUACUGCAUAGAAGAAAAAGGGACAAAGCCCUACUGGAUAUGUAACAGUUCAGUAUGCUUGAAGAACAGAAACAUGGCUCCAACUGGUGUAGCAAUAUUUAGAGCACGGGAGCUGGGAUACAAAUCAGUGGCACAUCUUCUGAUGGACGAGCUUCAGCGAGGAGAGAUGCUUAAUUAGAAGUUGAGAAUGAAACGAUCCUCUAAGACUGUUGUUAGCAACGGAAUAGUUCUUGCUUCUACCCUAUGGCUAUUUUGAUGUUGCUGACAAUUGAAGUGGAAACUUUGACAUUGUAAAUAAGGAGUGUAGUAAAAAAACUCGCAAACAAAUGUCAACAUUCAACGCUUAUAUAUAUGUAUAUCGACUUGUUUAACAUGAUCAUCUAAAUAUUGUGAGUUAAUUAACUAAGCAUUUAUGGGAUAUCCUUUUGCUGUUAAGAGCUAGGGUUAGGAUUUCCUCUUUUCCUAACGCGUUAAUCCCUUCCUUCAGGAUUUCUCCCUUCCAUGGGAGUUUCAUUCUAUUUUUCCUCUCAUCUUUUCUUUUAUCUGUUGCUGGUUGGUUUGUUAACCACGAUCAAGGAAGAUGGUUAUGGAUCUAAGACUGCAGAGCGUGGAACGGUUAUGGGUGGCAACCUUGACGGCUGGCUUCUUGGAGGACUUCUGAUUGAGGGCGCAAUCAAGGAUGGCGGAUUAUCGGUAGCGGGUGUGAUUCAGGGAGGCGGGGUUCUGUUUGUUCCGAAUCAUAUCGUGCAAGGGACGGGCGGUCAGUGGUUGCGCUGUGGGCCUAAUCAUGCUACCUUCGGGCAGCCGCCUGGUUUAUUGGCGGAGAGAAGAAUAUUUGAAGAGGGCUCAGUGGAGAGAAGGGAUGGCUUGGGCCUGAUGAUGGAAUUGCUAGGUGUCAUCCGAGGAAGGAUCCACGGAUUCUCUUUGGUGGCUCCUAUGGAGGAUAUUAUUGGUCCCUCUCCAGGAUAGUCCUUGUUGAAGACAUCGGUAUGUAGUGGGCAGGCAGUGUUACAUGUCGAUUUUACUGCUUUCCCCCUGAAUCCUGUGGUGCAGAUGGGAUACUUAGCAGCUCUAGAUGCCCAAGGGGUAAUUAUCUAUUCACACAGCUCUCUGUAGCCGCUCCCAUGAUCAAUACCUACAAAUUGCAAUAGAUGGCCAUUUGUUUC